GAACUACUAAAAGAACGCACAGCAUUUUGUAAUAAUACAAGUGGCUUUAAAUCAUUUUUAGAUGUUUGGGAUAUUAAUGAUCUGGAAUUGAAAAAAGUCGAAUCUGAAACGAUUGCUACAAACGAAAUCGAAAAUGCUUUGAGUAUUUUUAAGAAACUGGGUGAUCUGAAGAAAACGACGCACUCAAAUAUUUCCACAAAUUGUGAUUCAAUAAAUAUGGAAACAAAAAUUCACGUAGAAAUAACAACGUGUGAAAAAGAAAAACGAAAACGCAAACAACGGAAACACAGUAUUACAUUAGAAGCACAUAAAAAUAAGGAUAAAAAACUAAUAGAAAGCCAUACACAAGAUAACGAGUGCAUAUAUAAGAAGACUAGUAAAAGGAAAAAAUUGAGCGAGAAGGAAGUUGAUUUAGAUAAUAAAAAACUCAAAAAAGAAGAAUCACGUCAUCCACUUGACAAUACAGAGAAGCUAAAUUCAGAGGCAGCACUAGAACAAAAGAAUCAUGAAGUUGAUGAAGUAGGUAACGACGAUAGUAAUAAACUUAAACAAACGGAAAACAGCAGCAGAGACAAAAUUUUUAAAGAAAUGGAAAUAACAAAUGAUAAAAUCAUAUCAAUGAUGGAUGCGGACCAAACCUUCGUUACUGUUAACAGUAACGACAGUGUGAAGACCUGUCUAUCGGUUACGUUAGAAAAAAUUCAAAACAGCGAAAUAAAUGACUUAAGUGAUCAAGUAACUGAAAAUAUUACAGUUGAAUCUAUUUUAAAAGAUACCGAAGAUAAUGUGUUGGCGAGUAAUGAUAACGAAGAAGAAAAGGAAAAUAUUUCACAUAUCAAUGCAUCAGUUGAUACAAAAUUAAAGUUGGCAUCACCUAAUUUAACAGAUGAAAAAGAUAUAGUUUCUGAAUCUAUUAUAAAUUCAAACACUAGUAGACCGACAUCUGGCGAAAUGGAUGCACAAUCUUUAGAAGAAAUAGGUUUGCCUAGUGGUUUAACGGGAGAAGAAAAAGUGGUAAUGUUGGAAGAUGAUGAAACUCUUAACCGCAAGUCCUAUACACCCUCUCCUGUAAAUAAUUGUGAUAAUCUAAAUUCCACCGCAUCAUUUAAAAGUAAAGAUAUAACAAAAAAUAAACAUAAUGUUGCCAAUAAAAAUAUAUGUGAGGAUACUAUAUGUGAAGAAAAUUCAAAAGAAGAAAAUAUAAAACAUAAAUCUCAGGAAACUUUAGUACAAAUUUUGACAACUACAAAAACGUUAUCUACUGAUAGUAAAGUAGAUGGCAUCCAAUCUAUGUGCCUGAAUGAAAAUGAUAUGAAAGCGAAUAUCAUUACUUCAAAGGAAAAUGAACAUACAUGUGUUCAGGAAAAUCAUGCCAUAUCCAUACCACUGUCUGAUGAGAAUAAGAGUAGGAGUUUGACAAACGAAGGACAUGAAUUUCUAGAAGAAAAAAGACUAAUUGUACAAAAUACCAUAUGUAACACACAACAUGAAAACUUUGGUGAAAAUGAAUACUCUAUUCAAGAGAAUAAAAAUAAAUCUGAGCAAAGGAAUUCGAAAAAUAAAAAUUUAGAAGAAGCUACAACGAGGAAAAAGAGAAAACUUUCAGAAAUUGGAAAAACUAAAAAUGUUACUACUAACUUGGAGGCAGUUAAUAUGAAACUUGAAUUGGUUGUAGCAAAUAAAAUCCCCAAUGUAACUAUAGAUGAAGUUCCUGAAAUAUUAAACACUAUUGAUCAGAAAAUAGAUUCAUAUGCCAAUGAUGAAACGAAUUUGAAUUCCAUUAACAAUGUCAACGACGGUGACACUGGUAAAAACUAUGAGACUGUCAAUGAUAACUACACUGCUAAUGAUAACGUCAGUGUGAAUAAUAAAGUUACUGUUAACAAUAAUGGAACUAUUAAUGACAGCAAAAGUGUUAUUGGCUGCAAAAUUGGUAAUGAUAAUAGUAAUAACAGUAGUAAUGUAAAUAAAAGUGACGAUUUUAAUGACGAUGAAACCGUCAAUAAGGACAAUAACCUUACAAGUGAUCGUACGACUGUCGGUAAUAAUGACAAUGACACCGCAAAUGAUAUCGUCAAUGAUAAUAACACUUCAAAUGAUCAUGUGACAAUGAUUGUCAAUAAAACCGACAAUAUUAAGAAUAUUGAUCUGUUUCCUACAGAUGAAAUUAAUAAUGCAAACAAUACUAAACAUAACAAUAUAAGUGAAAACGAGAAUAUAAAAAAUAAUCAAAAACAGAUUCAUACUAAAAAGCCUAUAUCAUUUAGAAAUAGUGAACAUAAAACUGUUGCUAUUGAAAAUGAAAGUAUUAAUGAAAAUUCGUGCGAAAAUGCCAAAAACUCUAACCGUCUGAAUAUAAGUAAAUAUCAAGAAUUAAUGAUCUCAAAUACAGAAAAGCCUGAUGACAUGAACCAACCUAUAGAAGAUGUGGAGUCUAAAACCAAUAAUGAUGCUUUGAUAAAUCUGUAUGAUAAUCACAGUAAUGAAGAACAACCUAAAGGUGUACACAAAAACAUAGAGAUGAACGUCAAGUUAAUUACAGAAUACGAUCGUUUAGAGAUACUUAAAAAAGAAUGUCUAGAGCGUCAAGUAAAAGUGAAUUUACAAAGAUUAACAGUGUCUGCUGUAUUAGAUGCAAAACUAAAUAAUCCAAAAGUGUUACUAAAACCUUUAAACUAUGAAAAGUUCUUAACGGAAAAGCUUAAAAGUCAAAUAAAAGAAACAAUUGAAACUGAAGAAAGUAAAACUGUUUGUAAUGCAACGACUGUGGAAGUAUCACAAAUAGGCAUGAAACGAAGUCGUCGCACUUGUGCUGCUAUACGAUUUCGUCCAACAUCUUCAUCCUCAACUGAUUCAUUUGAUGAUUAUAAGCGUAAACCCCGAAGUUCACGUUCAAAACGACCCAAAACCAAUGUGUCAACAAAAUCAUAUGCAACUAAGAAAACACUGGUUGUUACGCCGCGUAGUUCGAGCGGUCUGAAAUUGCGGAUAACAUCCAACGAAGCAUUACACAGCGUAACUAGAAUAUCAAUAGAUAAUAAAUUGGUACCGAUAAUUAAUAUACCUACCUCUUCAAGCGAGGAAGAAACAGAUCCACUCUAUCUGGAAGAAGUAGAAUUUGUUAGAUGUGACUAAUUAAUAACUAUAUUUUU